GCCAACCCAAGAUGAACGGCGAGUCAGGUGCCGGGGUGGUGACGGCCCCCCCUCCCACCACAGCCCCACACAAGGAGCGCUACUUUGACCGUGUGGAUGAGAGCAGUCCUGAGUACCAGAGGGAGAGGAACAUGGCGCCUGACCUGCGGCAGGACUUCAAUAUGAUGGAGCAGAAAAAAAGGGUCUCUAUGAUCCUUCAGAGCCCAGCUUUUUGUGAAGAGCUGGAGACGAUGAUCCAGGAUCAGUUGAAGAAGGGGAAAACGCCCACCAGCCUGUUGGCUUUGCAGCAGAUCGCAGACUUCAUGACCACCAGCAUGCCUUCCAUGUAUCCAGCUGCACCACAGGGAGGCAUGGCAGCUCUCAACAUGAGUUUGGGGAUGGUGACGCCAGUCAACGAUCUGCGAGGCUCGGACUCCAUCUCCUACGACAAGGGCGAAAAGCUUCUCCGCUGCAAACUGGCUGCUUUUUAUCGGCUAGCUGACUUGUUUGGAUGGUCUGAGCUCAUCUACAACCACCUCACAGUCAGAGUUAACUCAGACCAGGAACGCUUCCUAAUAGUUCCCUUUGGGCUCCUUUACAGUGAAGUCACUGCCUCUAGUUUGGUGAAGAUAGACCUUCAGGGGGAAAUCGUAGACAGAGGAAGCACCAACCUGGGGGUCAACCAGGCCGGCUUCACCCUCCAUUCUGCCAUCUAUGCCGCACGGCCCGAUAUCAAGUGUAUUGUACAUAUACACACUGCGGCAGGUGCAGCGGUAUCGGCCAUGAAAUGUGGGCUGCUGCCCAUCUCUCCUGAGGCUCUGUCCCUGGGGGAGGUGAGCUAUCACGAUUACCAUGGCAUCCUGGUGGACGAUGAAGAAAGAGUUCUCAUACAGAAGAAUCUUGGGGCCAAGAGCAAGGUUCUUAUCCUGAGGAACCAUGGUUUGGUGUCGGUUGGAGAAACGGUGGAGGAGGCCUUUUAUUACAUCCACAACCUGGUGACCGCCUGUGAAAUCCAGGUGCGAACACUGGCCAGCGCUGGAGGUCCAGACAAUCUGGUUAUGCUGGACCCGUCAAAGUACAAGUCUCGCCCAUGCGUCCCUGAGCCAGCAGGCGACGGGUCGUCGGCACACCCAAAGUGGCAGAUUGGGGAGCAGGAGUUUGAGGCUCUCAUGAGAAUGCUCGACAAUUUG